UUUCACUCCUGUGGCUUAACUUCUUAAUUCAAUCCAAAAUAUCUUCUUCUUUUUCGCUCUCACUCACACUGCACUGUCUUCCAUUUCUUCUGCCCUCAAAUCUCUCUUUCUCAUGUCUUCUUGUUCUUCUUUACCUCUUCCUCUAAAUCCUCCUAUUUCCCUUUACCAUCACAAACUACACGCUUUAUCUCCACUUCCAUUUUUCAAGCAUACAUUUUCUCUCUCUCUGUCCAAAUCGCAUAUUUGCUUCUCGUCCUCUUUACCAAACUCUCCAAUACCGGACCGUGAUGACAUUCUCUGGCUUCGUGAAGAACAGCGGUGGCUUCGGGAGGAGCAGCGAUGGCUCCGAGAAGAGCAGAGAUGGCUUCGGGAGCGCGAGUCUCUCCUUGCGGAAAUUCAAUCGCUGAAGCUCCAAAUUCAAGCCCUAGAGAAACAAAUUUCGACGCAAGAAGUAGAUUUGGUGCCGGAGGCGAUAGCGAAUGUUAGCGCUUUGUUACAGGUUUUGACGGAGAAGAAUCGGAUUGCGGAAAGCGGGUCGAGUUCGCGUCCAAUUGUGUUAGGGGAGAAGGUAGAGGAUGUGAAGGAAGUGAGUAAGGUUUCAGAGAGAGAAGAGGACCAGACGAGGAAAGCAUUAAGGAAAGGAAGCGAGGGAGAGGAUGUGCGAGAGAUGCAGGAAGCAUUACAAAAAUUGGGGUUUUACUCAGGUGAGGAAGACAUGGAAUAUUCCAGCUUCUCAAGUGGGACCGAGCGUGCAGUGAAGACUUGGCAAGCAACACUUGGUACCACUGAAGAUGGGAUAAUGACUGCAGAACUCCUUGACAGGCUAUAUAUGGAGCAACAAAUUCAGGGGGGUACUAGAUCAAACGUUAGCAUAGAUCAGAAAGAAAGCACUUUAACAGUUUCACGGAAGGAAGGUGCCAAUGGAGCUGCUGUUACUUCUGUAACCGAAAUAUCAGAAAAACAGCACAAAGUUGUUAAAGAAGAAGGUGCAACAGAAGUUGAGGUAUCUCAACAUCGAGUAUUUCUCCUAGGGGAGAAUCGAUGGGAGGAACCCUCUAGGCUUAUUGGCAGAGACAAACAUGUUCAUGUGAGCAAAACCAAGGAGACCACGUCAAAAUGCCUUUCCUGCCGUGGGGAGGGCCGUCUAUUGUGCACAGAAUGUGAUGGGACGGGUGAACCUAACAUUGAGCCUCAGUUCUUGGAGUGGGUAGAUGAGGGAACAAAGUGUCCAUACUGUGAAGGCCUCGGAUACACAAUUUGUGAUGUAUGUGAAGGAAAAACAAUGAUAUAGCCAGACUACAUGAUACAAAUGAUUUUUUUUGGUCCAUCAACAAAGUGAUGAUUGGCAUGAACUUGACCCAAUUGUCAAUGACACAGGUCCUUUACGCGGAUAAGCGAUUAUCUAUAGACGUAUUGGUGGAUGGCACGUUAUAAGAAGUUUGGAUUUUACUUCUGAUAUAACUAUACUUUACUGUUGCAACCACAGAGGAGGCUGGUAUUGCUGUCCCAUCCAAUCCCCCAGUUUAAUGGGUUCAAGUAGUGAAUAAACAGUUCUAAGAUGGGUUUGAUUCGAUUUUAACGGAUUCAAAUAGUGAAUAAAUGGACUUAUGACGGGCUCAACGAGUAAUAUUUUUAUUACCUAUAUUGGGAUGGAUUCAAGAACUCGGGUAUUUACUACCCGUUUAAUAAAUAUUUAAAAAAAUUAUUUUUAAAAAGAA